GUUGCAUACGUGCAUUGUCCAAUAGCACUUACUUAUUUUUGAGACCUCAAGCACUUCUGGGGCAGUUCAGAUAGCUGACAUUCCCAUACAGACCCACAUUUGUGUCGCUGGUUUUAAUUUAGAAACUUGAACAUCCUGGUAAAUUUUGUUGGGGAUUCUGAUAUCACUGCUCAGCCAAACAUAAUGUUUUAGGCAGUAAUGAUGAACCUUUAACUAUUAGUAUGCGUAGUACUUACACUAGCCGAGAAAAAGUACUUAAGGUUCCAGCAGAAAUCGCCUAGCGUGACCGUCUUUCACAAGUGAGGGGCAGGCGCACCUCAGUUACUUCGGGUAGGGCUGCCAUUUUCUCUCGGGUUGUAACCGAGUAUAGCAAGUUGCAUGCAGUUUUCACUCCUUAUGUGAGAUGCAGAUUGACAUGCAACCAAGCAUAUGUCCGAUUACACACCGAGUGUUGCAAAUGGUGGUUUUCUUGCAGCAUGGCCACCGUCUCUCGUCAUAACGCCAGUGGCAGACAAAGCUGCCGAGCGUCGACCUCUGAUGCCUGUCCCACCUCACGUGACGGCCACAAGCGUGACGCCUCAUGGCGUAGUAUGCGCACCCUUCAACCCAGCAGUUCUUCACAGGUCUAUGGACACCGUGGGACCUUGCGCGCCCGGUGUCAACCAGCGCGAGUUGUCGAUGCAUGGCAUCACUACUAGGGCUGCCGACUUCGCCACCGCCGGUGAGCCUGUCAUUCAGCAGCUGGGCGAAGGAAGUGGGACGAGCAAUGUCCAGAACGUGGCUGGAGCGCAGGGCCAUUGGACACCAAAGCCCUUUGCCUGUCACGUCUGCCCCAUGAGCUUCGGCUUUCACUCCCAGCUUCAGAUACACCUACGGUCGCACACCAAGGAGACACCGUACCGGUGUCCCCUCUGCUUCAAGGGCUUCUCGCAGAAGGGCAACUACAACCGACACAUGCGGGUCCACGUGCAAGCAGGAGAGCAGCAGGGCAUCGGCACUUCAGGUUGAGCUGGCUCGUUAUCCGCAAUGCAGUGUAUAGUCCGGUGGCACAAAAUGCCUUAUCUAGUCCCCAAGUGCCGCACGUGCCGAGAGGAUACGUUGCUUGGCAACGUAUCAGAACGAGUGGGCUUUUCGGUUCAAGCGCGUGGGAAAUGGAGGACCGUGUAUAGCCCACACUGCGGUCUUGCACCUCAUGACCAGGUUUCCGGAAGAGACUGAACUAAUAGGCUCACCAUUCAUACUCUAGAAGGAGAUGCUCAGGCCUGAACUGCCAGUAAUUGUUGUGCUGGAAGCAGCAAGAAUCACCGCCACCAUGCUGACCUGCUCAUCAGAAAUUCCUGUUGGGGUGUUAAAGAUGUCCUUGGAGCAUUUCUGGAUGUGUAGUGCCUGUAGAAUGUACAGAGGUAAUUGUGUUGUGUGUUUGUGAACAGUGUCUGUUACUGCCAGUGAGCACAUGAUUUGAUGAGGUUGCGUGAAGAGUGGGAGAGUUGGGGGAUACCUUAGAAACAAAGAAGCACUAAUUUGCCUUCAACUAGCUCUUGUUUUGCUUUCACCUCCUUCUAGAGCUGUGAAGCAUUUGCUAUCAUACACCAAAGACACUGUUAUGACUCUGUCUUGCUCCUACGCAGAACGCGGGUUCUACGCAAAACGACAGCUGCAACUCCUAUGUGCAGAUCCAUGUGUAACAGGAAAGCAGCAGGAAACACUAAUAUACAUAGCUUGCCAAGGUGUUGCUAUUUUCUUUAAUUCACCUCUGCAAGAGUGUGUGCAGCGAUAUGGGCAUUGUAAAGAACACCCAGUAAAUUGUUUGGAUUGGGACUACCGCUUGCGCAAUUAUUCAGCCUUCCCGCUCAGAUGCGUUGUCUAGCAUGCAUACGUCUCUAUCUCGUUCUCUUUGUUGUUUAGAAUGCAUAUGAAUAUGUGACAGUAUGAAUGGGCUGAGGUCUGGAUCCUCCAUAAUUAGACUGCUGUGCAUUUGCACAAAAAUAUAGUUUUGUUCUUGUUAACUUAAAUCAGUGGAAGGCUGAGUAAGUUGCUGGGAAUUCACAGUAUAAAACGACAUGCAUACAAAACAUGAACAUAUGAUAAAAAGGCCGGCAUAAUUGUUUCUUUUUUAGUUCUUCCUCUUGUGUAUGGGCUCUCUAUGCCUGCCUUUUCACUCCCUAAUAUCUCUAAUUGUUCACUUAAAUGUGUGCCUAGUGUUUUUUUUUUUUAAGCAGACUGUAACUGAAAAAUGGUUUCCUGCUUUUCUCUUCUCGUUUUGCAUGUGAAUUCUAAUUUGGUCUGAUCACAACACUCAUUAACCAUAGGCAGCUGUUAAAGGGCCCUUAAACAACUUCUGAAAAUACAAUGAGCACAUUAUUCUCCCCUGGCUUUUCUAGUCUUUUUGUUACAAUUCAUGAUGCCAACAGUCUGUUCACUUGAAGUCAUAAGGAAAUAAGCUCUCGAUUGGUUCAUAUACAAAGGAUAUCAGUUGGGAAUUGUCUCCUAUCUUGCUUUGCCAUGCACUCGCACGUCCGUUCUGCCUUUUCUCACAUGACUAGCAUGCGCAAUCAACUUAUUUCACUUCGUUUUGUGCGUUCUCAACUGCAGAAGCAGAGAUAACAGCAUGUAGCCAAAAAACACAAAAUCCUGAUAGUCUCAACUCUUUAUGCUGACAUUGUCGACAUGUUUUAUGAAGAAAAUGUGGUGAGGAGGAGAUAGCGCGUCUAGGAAAAGUAUUGAACGAAAGCAAGAAAUCACUGUCUCGUCUUUGAACUCGGAGCGGUUUAGGGACCCUUUAAUGGGCAGUAUUCCCUCCUAGAGCUUGUCUUCUCCCAUUGCACUGUUGUAAUCACGUUGGCUGGGUCAUCAUUCAGUUUGUUGUCAUCAGGCCACUUCAACAUCCUCAGGCUCACCCUUGCCACCAGAAGAUGAAAGAAACCUUGCCCAUCACCGUGCCAAAGAGGGAAAAACUCAUGCGUUCACAGAGAUGUACAAUUAGGACCCAAGAGCAUUAACCGCUGUGCUAUUGUGGGCCACAUGGACAUGAGAGAGCGGCGCUCACUGUGCACGCACUUCAGAGGCCACAGGAAGCACUACUGUGUCUACUGCAUAGAGGUCUUAAGUGAAGCUUUUAUAACUCGCAGAUUUCGGCAUCGUACGCAACAAAACCAGUGCCGGCAAGUGUACAGAAAUGUGGCCCUUAAAGGUGCGCCGGUCGCGUGCACAUUUGUAUGCGCCAUUUUUCAAUAAUUGACGCUCUCUCGAUCGUGGGCUUGCCGGUGAUCAGCCAUUUCUGAUGUGGCAAUCUGAUCUUUUGUCAAGGUCACUUGUAAUUUCGCAUUGCCACAUGUCCUUGUUGCCAGGAUAUGAACAUGUGGCCGCUGUUGUUGCCUGUAGCAAAUGAAUUGUUGCGCUGCUAAGCACGUGGAUGAAGGUCCAAUUUCUGGCAUGGAGGAAGGAAACAGGAUGGAGCAUUGUGCAAUGCAACAGAAAGAAAGGCAGAAAAAUUGGCCGCGUAUCUGCGUCCUUCGCCGCAAAUGUCGUCGAAAGAUGAUAGUCUUCUGCCAGCUGCACUACAUGAGUCCUCCUCCUCUAUGUUGAAUCGCCGCAUCUGGCUCAUAGCGUCGCAUUUGCAGCACAGCCCAAAAAACACUAGCAUUUUCAGCGCAGCCUAAGAAACACUAAGGUCUUUAGAAUUACGUAUCUAUGUAUUUUCUAGUAAAGGAACACACCACCUAACACUUACGUAUUGAUGUUGCACCUCAGAUGUGCGUAACAUUUGCUUUUUGAUCGACAAUGUUUACAAGUAUGAACGGCGGUACCAGUUGAAGACGGCUCGGUGUUCAGCAAGUGGUUAAACUUUGGCUGGGUGGCUGAAUUGGGUGACAUACAGACAAACAGAAAGACAGACAGACCAAAAUUUCUGCGUUUAUGUUCCCCAAGAAAGACUAUCGUCUUUAAAAGUAGUACGUCAGGCACGCAGAUGCAAAGCUUCGCUUGCCCCCCCCCCGCCCCCCCGAUAGAGGAAGGGCUCCUGAAUUUUUCUUGAGAGAGAAAACUUGGGAAGUCAGGAAGAUUAACCACACGGACUUUCGGAUCUGCUACCCUGUAUGGGGAAGUAAGAAGGAGGAAUUGCAGUUGUUACUGUAAGAGCCUGCUACAAUAACUAUUAUUGAGCCAAAAACUUGAAUAAUCAUUUAGAGGGAGUGACGGCCAAUUUGAGUGGGUCCUUUUUUUUUUUUUUUUUCGUGCACCAGAAGGCUUAACUGUUAGCGCGUCCAGUCCUGCCGUGACAAUGAGGAAAACAUUGUGGAACGCCUUUCGUCGGGAGUCUUAUACCUGUAGUCGCUAUUAUGUUCAUGCAUUCCUAUGCUAGAGACAAGGAGCGGCAAGCGUGAUGACAUUUUACGUUUGCGUUGCACAAGUGCGGCCUUAUACGGCAGAAAUCGUUUUUUGUUUAUUAGUACCGGUGCUUAUGGGGUUCAUGCUUCCUGUGCUGACGAAUUACUAGUGGUUACACGCUUUCUUUGUGUUCUGUCCAUGUGCUUUGCUCUUGUACAAGUUGAAUGAAGUUCAAGAGUACAGAUUUUGGGCUAUUUGGUUUGGUACAUUCAAUGUGAGGCCAUGGUGUUUCCUUUGUCUCUGUCUUUUCAGUGCUAUGGCAUCAUUUGAUUGAACGAAAUAAUUUUAGCAAAGCCAAGUUUUUUUUUAAGCAGUUGGCACAUUUACACUUGAGGCACAGUUCAUCGUGUUUCUGUGACUGUGCUUUUGGUUUCAGAAACGUGUCAUCCUUUGAGAGCCUGAGCAAGCUGGAGUGAAGAAUUUUUCACUUGCACGUGUAGUCGGAGCUUAAUUCCAUGCAAAGUAACAUGCCAAACAGCACAAGAUGUGUGUCCACACAAUGAGGGAUGCCAAAGUUCUGCAAUUGCACUGGUUACUACAAAAUGAGGUAACUAUCUGCAUGAGGUAACUAAUGAAGUAACUAAUGGGACAGAAGCCAAGGCAGAAACAUACAGCAUGACAUAUUACAUUGUCAAGUUUUUAGAAAGUUAUCUGUAAUAUGAAUUGAUUGAACAUUUAUUUCUAGUAUGCUUCAGAGAAAAUAAACAUACUCGAGAUAGGCCCGGCUUGUUCACAAGUCGACGGUCAGUAAUAGUUGAAAGUUCAAGAGCCACAGUUAUUUAUUGUUCAAUAUAGCUGGCUGGCUGCUUGACUUCGACUUGUACAGAAGGCUUGUAUAUGUAAACUUGAUAUUUAUUUUAACAUCGCUGACAUUCCAUUGCUACUGCAUGUGUUUCACCUUGUUAAGCGGAUGGUGUGUCGUGUCACUUGACUGAAGAGGUUGUACACAUGGAUGGUUAAUGUUUCGAGUAAAGAGUAACUAAGAACAUACGACCCUGUUUGUCUUGUCUCAUUCGUGCUUGAGCGUAGCUGCACAUUUAUGUACACAAUUGCGUUGUGAG